UUUAUUAUAAAAAAUCUCCAUGGAAACAUUCUGAGAGUUAAUUGUAAUUCUUUUGUGUGAAUACAUUGAGACGAUUUUCUCUGUUCUUUUGUGUUACCGACUUAAUAAGGAGAUUGCUUGAGUUUGCUAAUUUGAAGAUUCAAGAUCGACAGAUUGGAAGACAAUAUUGAUUUAAAUUGUUUUUCAAUUUUCAAUACCCUGCAGUGACUGUAAGUGUACUACUGAAACCGUUGAGAUUUUUUGACAGUGAGACAUAAAAAUAUUAAUUUUAUCCAUUAAUACACGUUAUUAACAGUAUAUUAAAACUACAACAUCACUUGAUUUGAUAUAGGAAAUUAAAUACAACUGCGUGUUACGCAGUGCGUAAAGUAUAUACAUUGUACUUAUUCAUCACAUCCCUAAGACCAAUUUGCUUUCUUAAAUAAAACACAUUAAAGAAAUGAAUUUUUUCGCGGCUGCAAGUGCUGUUGGAUUUGCCUAUUGCUUGUUCAAUUCUUUUUUGACAAUAAGAGAAGAUAGGCGACAAAAAGAAAAAGAAAGGCGAGCAGCUGAAGAGAGAAAGAAAAGAGAAUAUGCCGAACUAAGAAAGCGUAGAUUCGGCGUGAAACUUGAUUUAUCUGAAAUAAUUAAAAAAUGCAGCGGACCCAACCUUGAGAUACUCGAAAAUAUGGAUGAGGAAACGCUUAAGGAAAUAGUAAAAGCAUGCGGUUUUCAACAAUUCAACGAUGUAACAUUAGCCACCGGCGAGGCUGCUUUGAGAUUCGGUGGAUCACAACUCAUGUUCGACAUUGUGAAUGGAUGCCCUACUCUCGAUAAAGAUGCGGAUAAAUUUCUACUUUUCCCCCCAGCUAAACAGUGAAUUUCUACCUCAUUCAAGACCAACAUUUCGUAUAAAAUAAAGACUUUCUAAUUAUUAAGACUU